AUGGGUCAACUUGUCACGCUUCACUGGCUGCAUGCUGAAGACCUGUCUUACGCUCGUGAGAAGGCGAUGAACCCGCUCGCCAUUAAAGUCAUGAUCAGUGGUGCUUCUGCUGCUAUCGAACUGGAUCUGCUGCAUGAUCGCCUGGCAACUUACAAGUUAAAGAGCAGCCAGAAGCCGGCUUUCCUGCGGUGCACGUGUCUUCAUCGUGUGCUUCACCCGGUUACUGGUGCUGACACUGAUGUGGUGAAGGCGCUAGUCUAUGCUCACCCGGCUGUGUCGCUGAAAGCAUCUCCGUUGAUGCUUCCCAUCCUUUGCGAUCCGGCCAUUGCCUUUGUCUCUACUGGCAGCAGCAGGGAGGAUUGGAUCUGCAUGCAGAAAGGUUGCGGGAAAGCAAAGGGGAAGAGCUUCAUGUCAGCUGCAGAUCACAUAACUGUUGCCGCUCAUCUGCAGCAGCUGGAGAAGCCUGGAUCGGCCACGAAAGACUCUCUCGACAGGAUGAACCUCACCAUCAUCCGCAAGGAGUAUGGACUGUGA